GAGUGGGUUUGAUUUCCUUUUUGUCAAUCAAUGAUGGGUCACAGAGUAUUGGUUUGUGUCGGAGCUCUGCUUCUGAUUUUAUUUACGAUUUUUCCAUCGUCUAGAGCUUUGAUCUCGUCUCCUGAGGCUAAUCCUCCUUACCCUAAAGCUAUCUCGGAUUUGAAGGAAGCAAUUGUGAAGGGACUUGGAUUUCAAUCUGAGGAAGUCAAGGUUUCUGGGUUUGAUGUAAGGGAUGCAUUAGUAGGGCAUUCUGUUUCAUAUGAAUUUGAUUUAGAAAUCGAUAACAAAGUGCUACCAUUUAAGCUUCUUGAAGAUGUGAACCGAUGGGAAUACGUAGAUCUCCCAAUUUUCCAAGUAGAACAACCCAUUGAGAAUGGUUUGGUUCCUAUGAGGAACAAAAAGACAUCUAGUGAUGAUGUGUUACCUGUUUUAGCUCCGUUUCAACUUGCUGGUCCUAUGGAACUUUGGAUCCAAGAUGCUAACAAUAUGCGCCUUUCUUUACCGUAUGAUGUGGAUGCUGGUGUUUUGAAGAAAGUGAUAUUAUCAGAUGGUGCUGUUGUAACAGUUAAAGGAGCUAGAUCAGUUAGUUUGCGUCAUCCCAUUGAUUUGCCACUUCCAUUGAACCAAAGCUCCAAUGAAUUUGCCUCUGGACUUUUGUCGUUAGCUGAACAGCUUCGACGUGCUUCAACUGAUCAAGAAAGUCCACUUCUUUCGCUCCGCAUUGUUGGUCCUACUUCUCUUGCAUCAACUUCACAAUCUCCUCACAACAAACUCAAGCUUAAGCGUCUUGCUCCAGGACUUGUGGAACUAUCUUCCAUGUCUAAAGACAAAAGGAGUCUCUCAACGAUUGGCGCCAGCGCUAUGACUACUGUUCUUACCCCAAGAGAGUUUACAACCAUGUGGCCAAUUACUUCAAUCAAUGGCUCAAAUGCUAACUUACUCGGCUUUGAGAAGCUAUUGACCUCUGUUUUGGGUCCGAAAGCUCAGGAAAAAGGUUCCUUUAAGUUGUUGAAAGCGAAUGUCGCGGCUCAAACGUUUAUGAAGAUUGGUUUUGGUGUAGAAAAGAAGCUCAAGGAAGCAGAUCUUGAAGAUUUAAGCUUUCCAGAGUGGCGAACAAAGCCUGAGACAAUGAGAAUGCAUUUCGAAGUUCUUGCUAAGGUUGAUGGAGAGAAAGUUAUCCCAGAGAACGUAAUGCGAGUUGAUCCGAUACCAUUGGAGGACACGAUUGCGCAAAAUGUGAUUACUGGAAAUGUAACCAUGUCGAAACUUCCAAUCAUUCAGUCUCCUCCAAGCCCUUUCAAUUUGUAAAUCAUGUGGACAUAUAAAAUCAUGUUUUAUGAGAAAAUUUUCAAACUUUUGAUCUUGUCUUUGUUUUACUUUACUCACCAUAUCGCAGAAGAAGUGUAUGUUAAUCUUCACUGCAACUUGUAAUUAUUCCGUUUUUGGUGAAAAUCAAUACAUAUUUUGUUU